AUUUCUUCUCUUGAUUUCCAUAGAAAUCAAAAGAGGAUUAAAUCUCACCCACAUAAUUACUAUCAUCCCUCUUUUCCCCUCUUCCCCAUUGCCAAUCAACUCCCACCAAACACAACGGGGGGAAAGAAUUGCAAAUCAAAUCAAAAUAUUUGAAUGGUAACGAGUAAUCCCUUCAACUUUCUCUUACAUUUCCUCUAACUUGUAAGAACAUGAGAUCCCAUUUCAUCUCCACCGUUUUUUCCUCCACAAAACUAACCUAAUGGAAUCCAUGAUUCCUACCCAACAUCUCAGAAGAAGAAGCUUGUUACCCAAGGAAAGAUUCUCGUGAACAAUAAGGAGAACCCUCUCGCACGUACACCACAAUGUCGAGAAUGAGGUCUUCACGAGCCAGAAAGCAAACCCUAUCGGUCCUCCCCCAUCAGACACCGAGGCUCCGAGAUCAUUACGUGCUGGGCAAGAAACUAGGGCAGGGCCAGUUCGGGAUCACGUACCUCUGCACCCACAAGACUUCCAACACGCCCUACGCUUGCAAAUCGAUCUCCAAGAGGAAGCUCCUCUGCAAGGAAGACUACGAGGAUGUCUGGAGGGAGAUCCAGAUCAUGCACCAUUUGUCGGAGCACCCACACGUGGUGAAGAUCAAAGACACGUACGAGGACUCCAUGUUUGUUCAUCUGGUCAUGGAGCUGUGUGCCGGCGGGGAGUUGUUCGACAGGAUCGUGGCCAAGGGACACUACAGCGAGAAAGAGGCGGCCAAGUUGAUCAAGACGAUUGUCGGGGUUGUUGAGACUUGCCACUCUCUGGGCGUGAUGCAUCGAGAUCUUAAGCCCGAGAAUUUCUUGUUUGAUAACCCUAGUGAUGAUGCCAAGCUCAAAUCCAUCGAUUUCGGGCUCUCCAUUUUCUACAAGCCAGGGCAAAUUUUUAAUGAUGUGGUUGGAAGCCCUUACUAUGUUGCCCCAGAGGUUCUUCUGAAAUACUAUGGACCUGAAAUUGAUGUAUGGAGUGCUGGGGUUAUUCUUUACAUCUUACUAUGUGGAGUCCCACCUUUUUGGGCAGGUACUUUUAAAAUGUUGGCAGAAACUGAGUCAGGGAUUUUCAGGCAAAUUCUACAUGGGAAGAUAGAUUUUGUUUCAGAGCCAUGGCCAAGCAUCUCAGACAGUGCCAAAGAGCUCAUAAAAAAGAUGCUUGAGAAGGACCCAAGGAAGAGGAUUUCUGCCCAUGAAGUCUUGUGCGACCCGUGGAUUGUGGACGAUCUUGCUCCAGACAAGCCUUUAGAUUCUGCUGUCUUGUCUCGCUUGAAGCAAUUCUACGCCAUGAACAAGCUCAAGAAGAUGGCCCUACGUGUGAUAGCAGAGAGGAUGUCUGAAGAAGAAAUCGGCGGGUUGAAGGAGCUGUUCAAGAUGAUCGACACGGACAACAGCGGGACGAUCACGUUCGAGGAGCUGAAGAGCGGGUUACAACGAGUCGGUUCGGAGCUGAUGGAGUCCGAAAUCAAGGCUCUAAUGGAAGCUGCUGAUAUAGACAACAGUGGGACAUUGGAUUAUGGUGAGUUUCUGGCAGCUACUCUGCACCUGAACAAGAUGGAGAGAGAGGAGAACUUGGCAGCAGCUUUUGCUUACUUCGACAAAGAUGGCAGCGGCUACAUCACCAUUGAUGAGCUUCAACAGGCCUGCAAGGAUUUUGGGUUGGGAGAGGAUCCUUUGGAAGAUAUCAUCAAAGAAAUCGAUAAAGACAAUGAUGGAAGAAUAGAUUAUGAAGAGUUCACUGCGAUGAUGAGGCAGAGCAGUGAUGGGACAGUAGGGACAGGGAGGAGCAGGUCCAGAACCGCCAUGAGAAGCAGCUUGGGACUCAAUUUGGCCGAUGCUUUUCGAGUCAACGACUCUCCUUCACAAACUAAUUGACAAUCAUAAUUUUUUUUUCAUUUUGGGUUUGCUUUUAUAACUUUUUUAAUUAUACAUUUACAAAAGAGAAAAUCAAAUUUUUUUUCUUGCCUUCAAGACAACUAUAUAUAUUCAAUGUCAGUUGUCUUACAAAAAUUGGCACAUAGUGUGUAAAUUGUAACAUUUGGAAUUGUUUUUUUUCCCCCCUAUAGUCAUAGAUGAUAUCACAAUACUAUUGUAUAAAUGUACUUAUGGAGAAAACUGGG